AGCUGGAUAAAUAUAUUGUUUUUUUUAAUAGAGAGAUAAUGUGAUAUGUGUUUUAAUAAAAGUUUGAAGAAACAACUGUGCAUAUGUAUUAAUAACUACACUCAGUACAGCCCACAUUGUACAGACAAAACGAUAUUUAAGAUUUUAUAGUUUAAAAAAUGGCUGGUCAGCCACACGGGGGCGCUAAAAGCCGAUAAUUUAUUGACCUUUCCACUUAGAGUGAUCGUUCAAAGUUUACCGUAGAAAAGACAAAUGAUAUCACUGCUGUGAUACAGUAGCCAGUACAGUAGUAAAAUAGCUUUAAAACAGAACAUCCAUUCAUUUAUUUAACCUCUUCUUCCCUAUGGGAGGAAACUGGCGUUGCCCCUGAGAGAACUUGUGUUUAAAUGUAACUUAUGUCAUAACCGAAAACUCUUUUUAGCAUAGUCUUCCACGUAACCUGACUAAAGUUUGAUUUAGACUUCUGUGGGAAAUCUACAAAUGUCACCCCUUUUCACUCACCAUGUGUUUAAAACAUUUCCUUAUAUUUAAUUAUUAAUCUCUGGCUCUCAUCCACAGUGUCUUUUGUCCUGUCUCACUCCCCUCAACCCCCCAACUGGUCUAACAGAUGGGUGCCCCUCCCUGAGCCUGCUUCUGCUGACGUUUCUUCCUGUUAAAAGGGAGUUUUUUCUUCCCACUGUCGCCAAGUGCUCAGGGAUCAUCUGAUUGUUGGGUUUUUUGUGUAUUAUUGUAGCAUCGUUAUCUUACAACAUAAAGCACCUUGCUGUAUAAAUAAAAUGAAAUGAAAUUGAAACAACUGACACUGUAACUGGAAACUCCCUUUAUCCCUAUACUAACUAACCUUGCACACCAUUCAAGUCCUUGUGGGAUGAAUUGACCCAACGUGUAGUUACAUUUUAUGGGAGGUGCACAUCAAGUUAUGUAGGAAGUUACAGCCUAGUGUUAAAAUGAGUUUCCGAUUACAUCAUAAGUUAUGAUAUAGCUUUCCCACAGAAGCAUAAUUCACGCAUUAUGAGGGGUCUCUGGUUUCUGUCACAAAUCAUUGCAUGCACUCAGGAACACUUCCAGUUCAAAGGCAGGUUAAAACUCUGUCAUGCAAAGAAGACGCCAUAUGUGAACAUGAUCCAGUCUUCUCUGGGUCAAAGCUCAUUUAAAAUGGAUUGAGGCAAAGUGGAAUUCAAAUUUUAAAAUUCUUUUAGUAAAACACGGAUGCCACAUUGUGCAAACUAAAGAGGAGAGGGACCAUCCGGCUUGUUAUCAGUGCUCAGUUCAAAAGGCUGUAUCUCUGAUGGUAUGGGGGUGUGUUAGUGCCUAUAGAAUUGGCAGCUUGCACAUCUGGAAAGGCACCAUCAAUACUGAAAGGUAUAAGCCGGCUUGACAGCAAGAUAAGCUCACAGAUGAGCUCUUUUUCAGGUAAGGCCUUUUGUAUUUCAGCGGGAAAAAACUAAACUGCAUACUUUGACUAUUACAACAGUAUGGCUUCACAUAGAAGAGAAAAGUCCUGAACAAUCCAGAUCUUUCACGAAUUGCAAACAUUUGGAAUGUUAGAAUAAGACAGCACUUCUCUCCCCACAGUCCAGAAACCGUCUCCUCAGUUCCCACACAUUUACAGACUGAUGUUAAUAGAAGAGGGGACGCUAUACCACGGUAAACAUGGCCCUGUCCAGACGUUUUUGAGUCCUGUUGCUACCAUCAGAUUCAAGAUGACCUCAUGUUUGUUUUUUCUUAAAACAGUACAUUUUCUCAUCUUAAACAUUUGAUGUUUCCUGCAUUCUAUUAUGAAUAAAAUAUGGGUUUGUAAGAUUUGUAAAUAACUGCAUUGAGUUUGUAGUUACAUUUUAUACAGCAGCCCAACAUUUUUUGGAAUUGAGAAAACAAAAAAUGAGAACAUUAGAGUCGCUCUGUGCAAGCUAAUAUGUGCCCAGGAUUCCAGGGCAAUAAUAGUAAAUUAGUAGUACAGCAGUUAUUUAGUUACAUACAACCAUCUACAUAAAUCUCUCUCUCUCUCUCUCUCUCUCUCACUACACACACACACACACACACACACACACACAUAUAUAUUUGGAUAACAUCUGUUCUUUCCUUAAAAUGUAAACAAUGUUUUUAAUGCCUCUGGAGGAGACAGAGCUGAUGCAUAACACAGGUAUCUACUAUCUACCUUUGUUUACAGUAAGCAGUAAGUUGAAUUUACUUCCAGGAAUACUUUAUUGUACUUACGUUGGCUCCAUGGUGUAGCGGUUAACACCUUACACGUGACAGAUGCUUAGUUCAGGACCAGCAGGAAACACAAACCAAGCCUCAGGGGCUCAAAGCUUGUGUACUCCUAGUGCUGGAUAUUGUGGUCUAAGUCUUGUACGUUUAACUUUAUUUUAUUUUUUUUUUAAUUUAUGUUCACACAAGAAACAGACAGAACAGUGUUUCCCAGUCAAGUGGAAAUAAAUAAAUAUUUGUGUAAUGUCAAUUUUUAAUGUGUUAUCAAUCACAGGGCAGAAAUUCACACCCACUUUUACUUUUAAUACCUCAGACAAAAUGAUACAUACUUACUUUUCAGUUUUAUUUGUAAUUAAGUGUUUUCACUGUUCAAAAAAGAUUUUCACCUUGUGCAGUGUGCUGUAUUUUAUAAAAUGGUCGUUUUUCUUCUUUUGAAUUAUAAUUAAAACUAAACAAGCAGCUCUCCAAAACUGAAGCGAAUUUACCUUUGAAGUACAGUUGAAUACACGUACAGUGCAGCAUGAAAUUAAAUAGCCAGUCAUAGAUAGUUGAAUAAAUGAACCGUGUUACAUUCCGACACUUAAUAGAGUCGAAUCUGUCACCUAAAAAUAGUUUCCACGGCUCCCUGACGUACGAGCUAAAACAUUCAGCAUCGUUCCUGUGUGGAUGUGGACCUCAUUAACUGUGGCUUUGGAAACAUUUCCUUUUCUUACAUUUUCUUCUAGUUUCGUCGCUGGUCACCCCCCUACGCUAUAUCUCUCUCUCUAUUUUGGUGCUUCCUCGCGCUGCCAAGCCCCUGACGUAAUGCUCUGCUGUUAAUGAUUAGCAUGUGGAAACGGGCAGAGCGAGCCCCCCUUACGUCAAGGCGGCCGAAACGAGGCCGGAUAUCAACUGCACCGAUCUUCAAAAUAAAAGCAGAAUGCUUAUCAGAAACGUCCACGAAUAUACUAAGUAACUAAGUACAAAAUCUGAUCAAAUACUAUUCAGGAGCAUCUUUCAGAGAGUACUUUAGCUUAGUAUUGUAUCUACUGCGUCUUCAUACUUGUCCUUAAUUACAUUUCAGAAGCACUAGUUUUUAACUUUUAAUCCCAGUACAUCCAUGCAAAACAGGUUGACAGUCAUGGGGAAAAAAAUCUGAUAAUUCUAAAAAUUAAAGUCAGGAUUUUGACAAACAAAUCAAUUUUUGAGGGGAAAACGUCAGAAUUCUAAAACAAGCAAUAAUAAAAGAUAUAAUCUAAGAGAUAAUAAAAGAAUCAGAAUUCUGGGGAUAAAAUCUUGAGAAAAAGCAGAAUUAAAAAAUUCUUAUUUUUUCUCUUUGAUUUCUGACUUUCCUCAUGAAACCUAUAUUCAUAGUUAAUCAUAGUAUGCACUAAAAAGUACACGAUCUGAAGUUGAAACUACUGUAGUAGUUCGGUUUUCUUGAAUGACGUUUUCUAAAAAUGCUCAACGCCACUGCUUAGCUUUAUUUUGAAAAGUAUUAAGGGAAGUCGGUGUCACAACCUUACUGCUCGCUUAACCGUGGAGUUUUAGGACAGUGGAGCCCGUCUGCUGGGGGAGAGACAGAGGAAAAGUUAGUCAAGAUGGCAAAUCUCACAGACCGGGAGUAAAGGGGCACCGCUCCCCGAAAAAGCCGAGCCUGCCGCCCGUUCUGAGACAAACCCAACGAUGCGAACAGCGCCAACAGGGCUGAGAGGGAUUCCCUGAAGAAAAAUGCCUGUGAGGCUGAAGCUGAUGUGACACAGCCUGUGCUGGAAGAAAGCUGACUCAUCAAAUCUCAAUCUCUCUGAGAGUGACUAAGCAGCAGCAGGAGUUUGUAUCACCUAAUGCCCAGCAAGAAGAGCAACUAACACCCCCCCUCCCAUCUUCUCUCACCCUUACAACCCAGAGAUUAUCAUACAGGAGAAGGCUCCAGCAGGAAUACUGGCAGAGACCGCUGACCUGACUAAUAAUAAAGAAGCUUAGAAUGGUAACACAGCGCCACAGCUGAACAGAGACGCCAAUAACCGCCGUAAAGCUACCGUUCAGUCUUAAGAGCAGAUACGCUUCAAUCCGCCAGCCUUCAACCCCCCGUCUCGCAGACCAUGAUGUUUCGCGAUCAAGUGGGCGUGCUGGCCAGCUGGUUCAAGGGGUGGAACGAGUGCGAGCAGACGGUGGCCCUGCUGUCCCUGCUGAAGAGGGUGAGCCCAACCCAGGCCCGCUUCUUGCAGCUCUGCCUGGAGCACUCGCUCGCCGAGUGCACCGAGCUGCAGGUCCUGGAGGGGGAGGCCAAUAAUCCAGGUAUAAUUAGCCAAUGGCAGAGUGAGCCCAAGGAGCGUGUCAUCUCCCUCGUCCUUACCCAUCUUCCGCUGCUCAAACCGGGUAACGCUGAAGCUAAGGGAGAAUACAUGCGCUUGCUGCCUCGCAUCCUGGCCCACACGAUCGAGCACGGCCAUCACCUGGAGGAGUCUCGGCAGCUCCUUUCCUACGCCCUUAUCCACCCCGCCACCUCCCCUGAAGACCGCGCUGCUCUGGCACUCUGGCUCAACCACCUGGAGGAGAGGGAGAGAGACUCAUUGGAAAGGCCUCCUCCUGCCGGGCCUCACCAUCACCACCAGUCUACACCUCCUUCGACCCUGACCUCAUCUGGAUCUUGCUCUUCUACCAACACCUCUUCAUCAGGGAUUCCCUACUUGCAUCACCACCAACGUUAUGGCUCAGAUGACCGCCUCAAUGGGUGGCAGAGCUCCAGGGAUUCAGGAAUAGGUGGAGGCUGGCAUCAGCAUGGCUGUGAAAACGGACACCUCCCUCUCUACCCAUCAUCCUCUGUGCCUGCGACCAUCAAUACUGUUGGAACUGGCGGAGGCAGUAACGCGAUCCUUACAAGUGGAGGUGGCAGCCAACAGCACAGUCCCUUAAAGCGCUCAGUGUCCCUCACACCCCCCAUGAGUGGCCCCAACAACCAGCCUCUGGGUCACGUAUGGCUUUCCCAGGAAGAUCUUCGGACUGCUAGAGGCCCAGCCCCAGACCACGCACCUCUCUCACCACAAAGCAGCAUCGCCUCCUCUGGCAGUGGAGGCAGUGAGCAUCUGGAGGAUGCUGGUUUAGGAGGAGGUUCAGGUCUGCAUCGCAGUUCCUUUCAUGAAGAGGGCAGUGGCAUGAGGGAUGUUCCUGCUUGGCUGAAGAGUCUCCGUCUCCAUAAGUACGCCGCUCUCUUCUCCACAAUGACCUAUGAUGAGAUGAUGGCACUGACUGAAGAGCAACUAGAAGCACAGAAAGUCACUAAAGGAGCACGGCACAAGAUCGUUAUCAGCAUUCAGAAGCUGAAAGAGAGGCAGAACCUACUCCGGAGCCUGGAAAAGGAUGUGUUGGAGGGCGGUAACCUUCGUGCCCCACUCCAGGAGCUCCACCAAAUGAUCAUGACUCCUAUUAAGGCUUUCAGUGGUGGCGAGGAGGCCUCUUUGCAUCGCCCUCUGCUGACCCCGGAAGGCAAAAGCGCCGCACCUGGCUCCCACCUGAGUGGGGGAAGUGGAGGAGAGGCUGAGUCUGGCACCAGUGUGAUCGCUGAGGGCGAUAUACCUGGUCAGUUCACUCGUGUUAUGGGCAAAGUUUGCACACAGCUGCUGGUGUCAAGGUCAGACGAGGACAACAUCAGCUCCUACCUACAACUCAUUGACAAGUGCCUUAUCCAUGAGUCCUUCACUGAGACGCAGAAGAAGAGACUGUUGUCAUGGAAACAACAGGUCCAGAGGCUGUUCCGGUCCAUUCCGAGGAAAAACCUGCUUGACAUUGCAGGGUACCGACCGCAGAGGAGCCGCUUUGGCCAAUCCAACUCUCUCCCUACCACUGGCUGUGUUGGGGGCAGUGUGUCAGCCAGGAGGAGCCUUCACCAGUUCCAGAUGCCCUCCCGGAGUUUGCCGGGUGCCAGGCUGGGCCUGUUGGGCAGCGGGGGGCUGCUGGGACCCACACCUCGUAGCUCCAGCAGCACACCCACCGGUCCCAAGCAAGGAAGACAUGGUCCAUGGUUUGCCAAUCCUGGAGGAAGUAACAGCAUGCCCAGUCGGACCCACAGCUCAGUCCAGAGGACACGUUCCCUACCAGUUCACACCACACCACAAACCAUGGUCACGUUCCAACAAGCUGAUCUUCAGUUACCAGUGACAGAGCCAGACAUCAAUAAUCGCCUUGAGUCUUUGUGUUUGAGUAUGACCGAACACGCCUUGGGAGAUGGUGCAGAUCGCACAUCAACAAUAUGAGCUGAGGACCUGAGUGAGAGCAGCAGGACGGCGCAGGUUUGGGGAGCUCUCUCACCAUCACCUUGAGGUCACCAGCCCUUCCGUUCCCUCUCCCUGUAGCCAAUGGUAGAGCUCAACCAAAGGACCGGGCGGGAUCCAAGACACACUAGAGAGUUGACCAUCAAACGGAUCACACUGGUACCGUCCAACGGGCUGGAAAAAUACAGUUCCUGCUCGGGUAGCACGCUCACAGUCACCUGUAUGUGAGUGAGAAGAAUGGAACGCACCGAACACGGCCUGGAAAGUGUGUGCAAACUUUCCCCCUUGUCCCCGCCCCCCACCCCGCCCUUCCCAUGGAGAGACUGCCAGAAGCAGUCCAGUUAGCCUCAGCAGAAGAGAGAUGCUGGGCUUUGGAUCAGGGCUCAGUGAGACUUUCUCUCCCCUACAUCGUCUGGUUCCUGCACAUUGACCACAGCUUGUGGCAUCUUUCAGAUCAUAACAGUACCUCAGACCCAAAACAUGAUGAGAUGAGCAGAGCCACAGGGAUGCAAAAAGGAAGCUUGGGAUUUUCCAGACUGGUUUCAGCAGGAUCACAGUGUCCAGGACGGUUUCUUGGAGAGCUCAAGAAGGCGUCUUGCUCAGUACUGGGUGGCAACAAACCUUUUCCUUUCUAUUGUAUGUAUUUAUUGUUUACAUUAUGAUGCUACUUUCAGAGGGUACAGAAACAUUUAUGAAUUUCAGGUAUGAUUUGCAUAAUAUAUUCUGUAGAUAUACAGAAUAUAUUCUGGCUUUCUACAAGCUUCCACAAGUAGCCAUCACAUUAGUUUACAAUCACCAUGCCUUAUUCUUUAUUUUGGCAGCCAACAAGAAAGACAUGUUGGCCUGAAUGUUAAUGGAGAGAGAACGAGAUGGGAACUUGAAAGAGAUGGAGGUAACACGGAGAGGGAUACGAGGAAGAAGGGGGAUGUGGAGGGAGACACAGAAAGUAGUAGAAGAAAGAACCAAGCUGAAGUGAUACUAGAAAGGGAAGAGGAUGUUUAAAGGAGAGAGACAUCAGAGGCAGGACCUUUGAUUGGCUGGAGACAACGGAGGAAGAUGAUGUCACGUCUGAUCGUGCCCUUAGUCUGUUCAUGCGAGUGAGUGUAGCAGGAAGUGGAUUUGGCACAGAUACUGGGGGUUAGUUAUUUUUCUAAAACAGAGGAAUAUGCUUAAGCUGCAUGUUAAAACUAAGGGAAGAUUGUGAAAUGUAGAGUGGAGAAGGUGUCAGAAGCAAUGGGAGGCAGAUUUAGUUUCCACUCAGAUCUUUUUUUUUUUUCUUUUCCUGAGAGGAUUGCAACAUUGGAGAAAUGAAACACUGUCAAUCCAUGAAGGGAAGUUUUCCCUGAGAUCUCAUUAGUGCUUACCUCCAUCUGCUGGCCAGUUGCAGUCAUGGCGGUACAGAUGCUGAAGUCCAGGGAGACACAGGCACUAAAGACGCCAGCAGAACAAUAAAAACUCAUCGGUGAACAUUUGGGCAAAUAUCAAAGCUGGUUGGUUGCUUGUGUAUCUUGGCCUUCUGUCAGUUCUGUCAGUGCAGGCCUACAUCAUAUGAAAAUAUUUCUGUUUUUAUUCUAAUCUCAUGGUUAUUGUGUGUGUCUUAAUAUUUAUCCUCAGUUGUUUUGUGCCUGGAAUCUAAACUUUAUAGGAUUAGAUUUAUAUUGAAGUAAGCUGGUUAGGUUAAAUCCUUUCUGUGCUGCUUUCAACCCAGCAUGCGAGUCCUCAACCUGAAAGGUCAGCUUUGAGGUUUAUCAUCAUUAGUAUUAUCAUCAUCAUUAUUAUUAUUAUUGUUAUUAUUAUUGUUUAGUAUAGUUUCUUGCAAUUCUGUCAUAUUUCCUUUGUAUCCUGCACUUGAUAUGAUAAUGUGAGACACUACAAUCCAAAUGUUCAAGGCUCGAGCAACGAUGCUUUGGUUUGGAGCCGGAUCAAACGGAGCAGACGGACACUCGUUCUCGACUGUAGCGUCACAGCCUUGCUGGACAGACAGACUGAUGUACCCAGAGAGAAAAAAAAAAAGAAGCUUCUGAUGCCUCUCAUUGACCUGUCUAAAGGUUGGAAAUACCGCCUGAUCUGAAGUAUCCCACACACACAGUUCAGUGGCCAUACAAGACUUUGUGCAUGUUUUAGUUCUUCUUCUUUUUUUUUCUUUUUUUUAAAAUCACUUUUCAAAUGUUUCUCAAACCUUCCUGGAAACAUAAUCUGUUGAUUACGAUGACAUUAGAAUCAGAAUGACUCUGGCCAAUUACAACUAGCAAUUUGAAAUCUUCAGACUGGUUUCUGAUUUGAUUAGUUUAACUAAUUACUAAGGUUCCUUUCCAGGCUUUUUAAAAUUGCUGUCCAUUGCCAUUAGUUAUAUCGGUCACUACAUAAGUAGAAACCAGUGGUAUGUUUGGGAGAACAGAAUUAAAAACACUCUCUGAGUGUGGGACUUUAUAAAGACAAAAACAUGCAUAAAUUCUGAUGUGGCACCUCUCUGCAGCCCAUUCUCAUCCUGGCCGGCUGAGCAUGGCUUCAGAUCUCGUGAUGGCAGCUCAACACUGCAGUCUGGAUCUGUGCACACACACAUGAUAAAGUGUGUGUGAUGGUAUGCAUGUAGUCUGGUCGCUAUGACCCUGAUGGACGCUUCAGGUUUUACUCGGAGUACAGGAGCAAAACACACACUCUUAAUCCACACUGAGUCGUGUUUGUGAACAAAGGUUCCACCAAAGCGUGAGUGGGACACAAACCUGUUUCAGCCCCGAGUGGAUGCCGUACCUUUGAAGUGGUCAUUGUUUGUUGGUGCCCCUCGCUGACGGGCAGCAUCAGGAUGUCAUCACAUUCAGACUCUUUCAGUGUCACUGCCAUAUGAAUCAGUACUUAAAGUAGAAACUACUAUUUAUUCUUUUUUCCUUUCUUUUUGUUGUUGUUGCAGAGGUGAUGCUCAUGUGGGUGUAAUAUUAUUUAAAAUACCAUAUGUAUUAACAUGUUAUGGCUGGUGACCAUAAGUACAUCUCAAAUAUUAACAUAGUUAUUGUGGACUGUUUUUUUUUCUUUCUUUUUUUUCUUUUUCUUUUUUUUUCUUGCUGUUGAUGAACUACAAUCUUAUUUGUAUCUGUCAUGUCAUGUUAAGAUGUUUUUGUUUUUGUUUUGUUUUUUAAUUUGAAGCCGAGAUCAAGAACUGGUCCUUCAGAUACAUCAAUCCAUGGUCAAUUAGAAAGUUUCUCUUGUUUUUAGCAUACGAAAAAAAAGUGUUGUUGUAGUGUGUGUGUGAGAACAGGAGGUAGAUGGGUCCAUUGCGGGCCUUGCAGGCCAUGUCUUUGAGUUCUGUUUGGGAGAGUGAGGCUUCAAAGUUUCUGCGUAUGCCGCUUGUAAAGGUGGCAUUGCUCUACAGUUUUCUCACUGUGGACAAAUCUAAUGAAAAGACCCGAGACCACAUUCGACUAUGUAUCAGUCCAAUCAUCAGUGCUUUCUGGCCAUUUCCUGUCUGUGGCGCUCAACAACAACAACAACAACAAAAAAACAGCUGAGUACACAGUACUAUGGCAUACUUGGAGUGGGGCGCUACUUCUAUGUGUUACAUCCAUUGAGUGGCGUGUUUGUAUUAGUGUUGGUGGCUGUGCAGCAGUGCGGCUUGCUUUAUGGCACCGAGGAGGAGGCUGUGUGAGGAUUUGAUGGUCAUUGCUGGGUUUUUUUUGUUUUCUUCUUUACGUGAGAUGCGUUCAUAAUGAGAAAAGUUCUGCAGUCAGUCAUGUAAUCAAAGGGAUUAUUAGAAGGGGUUUUUUUGUCAGUAUUUUUAUGUACUUUUAUAUCGCUGUGCAUUAUUAUUUUUUUCCAGAGUUAUGGUUUUGAAUUUAAAAAGUGCCAUAUUUAUAUGAAUACUGACUGACAGCAAGUUUGUGUGAUUUUUAUCAAAGUUGUGCGGAUUGUAUUUUGAGCACACAGCAGCACGGCAAGCCUCCACUUUCUGCUCAGCGGUGGUUUCUUGCAGCGUCUGUGGGUCAGAAAUACAAGUGUGAGGACAGAGGACAUACCUGUGAGGGAUGAUGGCUCUUCACAUCAAACCAAAUGCUUUUCCUACAUGCAUAUCAGCUCUGUGGGUGUCCAGGAAGGCUUCUAGCGCUGUGCCCACUGCAGUAUUAACAGCUAGAUGACGCCUUGAUAUUCCAAAAACAUUUAAUGUACUUUUAAGUCAAGACACAUAUGCUGUUUUUGUAUCUUUUAUUUCUGUCAUAGAUUCUGCAGUUUAGUACGUUUUUGUUUGUUUGUUUGUUUGUUUUUUUGUCUAUGUGGGAUGCCAAGGUGAUAUUUUUUUUUGGGGGGGGGGGUUGUUUUUGUUUUUUGUAAAUUCAGCAGCAUCCAUUCUGUAACAAAGUGUUACUGCUUGACUGUGCGCUUUUUACUUCAUUUAGUUUUAUUUUAUCAAAGAGCCGAUGUCCUGUAUUGACUGCAGGCUUGCGUAUAUAUUUGACAAAAGAAUAUUGUAUGUUUAAUAAUGAAAAAAAAAACACACACACACGAAAAGAUAAAAAAACGAAGGAAAUACAGGAAGAAAAAAAAGGAAAUGGAGAAAAUUGAGGGGGGGGAUGGGGUGUAAUUUAUAUUUUAAAACUGCAUGCACAAGGCUGGGAAAGUCAUAUUUAGAAUAACAAAAUAACAAAUGGCAGUGCCUUUUUCUUUUUUGUACUCGAGACAUUUAGCCCAAAUGUAAAUGGUUUUAUAUGGACUUUAAAAACUGUAAUGAUACAGGAUAAAAUGCGCAGCAGGUGUGUGAGGUCACGUUCACACUGCAGCCCUGAAAUGUCAAAAGUUCACAUUAAGCUCGACUCAUAUUCAUGUACAGGUGGGUAAAUGGCCUGGCCUGGCCUGGCCUGGGUAAAAAAACAAAAACAAACAAACAUUAGCUUGAUUAACUUACAAAAUAGUUUUAUAAUAAUAUAAUAGUACUAUAUAAUAAUAUAGUUUUAUGUUGCGUCCCAAAACCCUCUUAUAUUUGACACUCACUGAGGAGUUUUUGGUUGUUAAAAAUCAGACCUAACCCCCUGGCUACAGCACUGAUUACUGUCCAUAUCUGUGAUAUUCAGUAACGCGUGUAUGUAGAACUGCAGCUGACUGCUAGUUUUAACGCCACUUAAUUACAUCAUUACUUGUUUAAAGGGACAGAGAACAAUAUCUAGAAUAACGCAGUGAUUUGUCUCACUGUGACUAACUAUGUAAAACCAAAGACACUGUUCGCUGUAAUGGAAGAGCUUGGUGCUUCCUGCUACCUGAGGCAUGACUUCUGAUGUGUUGGAUCUUCACCUGGUGGUAACACGGCAUAUGCUCACUCAUGCAGUGAUCCAUUCCAUAGACUACCAAUAUAUAUAAGAUGUUAUUUGCUAGAUUCCACCUUGCAAACCCUUUGUCCUGGUCGAAUUCCUCCUUUAUGCAUUUGGUCACAUUGGGCCAGCCUACUCUCUUCUCUCCUGACAUGCUCUGUUCAUUUGAAACACAGCUGCAGUCUGAAGUUUCUGAUACAUAGACUUUGAUUGGAGGAGGGAGACUGCUCCACCUGAUUAUUAAGUUAAUGCAGCUUCCUAGAUUUAAGCUGCUUUCUUAAAA